AAAAAAGAAAAGCUACACAAGCAGAGAGAGAAGAGCAAGAGAGGAGGACGCACCAUAAAAUACAGAUCUGUUUGUUAACAGAUAUUUCGGUGUGUGUUGUUUCGCCUCAGCAGCAUGGCUGUGCUCAUCCGCUUGCAGGGUCUCCCGAUAGUGGCGGGGACCAUGGACAUACGCCAUUUCUUCUCUGGAUUGACCAUCCCAGAUGGUGGGGUGCAUAUUGUAGGGGGUGAACAUGGUGAGGCUUUUAUUGUUUUUGCCACAGAUGAAGAUGCCAGGCUUGGCAUGAUGCGUUCAAGGGGAGCAAUCAAAGGUUCAAAAGUGUCACUUUUGCUGAGCAGCAAGACCGAGAUGCAGAAUAUAAUUGAGCUUAACCGCAGGCGUUUUAAAACGGGCAAUGUCGGGGGAGCAGCAGGAAACGGUAGCAGGCCAGGUCCCCCCGUCAACACAUGUUGGAGGAGCAGUUUACGCAACACUUUACAAGGGUUCAGCAACACCACACCAGCCACCGUCACCAGAGCUGCCUCUGCACAUGAAACCAUAAGAAACAAAAAUGUGUCCACGUUUGCCACCACUAGCAUGGGAAACAUGCCCCCCAGUUUCAGCAACAACUUCAGCAGCCCAAAUCUCACCAUGGGAUCCAGUAUGAGAACAACCAUGUCCUCCCUCAACUCUGUACCACCACCUAUCCACCCUUUGACAACCAUGCCACCCAUGCCUUCCAUACCCCCCAUGCCACUUCCACCACCAGUGUUCUCUGUGCCUCCUGUUCCCACUGUGUCACCUUUAACCCAAGGCCCCCCUGUCCUUCCCAUGAGUCUGUCUCACAUGGGCUCAAUGCCACCAUUCAACCCAGCUGUCCCACCCCCUAGUGGACUGGCCCCAAAUCACAUGUUUGUUGGCCAUAUGAACCCUCUGUUAAAUCUCCAGGCACACAUGAAGGCAGCAAUAGGUAAUUCAGAUGAGUUAUAUGUCCACCUUCAAGGCCUGCCCUUCUCAGCUACUGAAAUGGAUAUUAGGGAGUUUUUCUGUGGGAUAGUAGUGGACUCCAUCCGAAAGGUCAGGGACAACAUUGGCCGGAGUACCGGCAGGGCCCUGGCCAAGUUCUUUUCCCCUCAGGACACUUUUGAGGCACUCAAAAGAAGCUGCGGAAUGUUAAGGGAGAGGUACGUGGACAUCUCUCCGGCCACAGAGAGCCAGUGGAUGAGUGUCAGCAGUGGUGGCAACGGGGUUGGAGGGCAAGCCCACUCAAAAUCCAGUAAUGUGCCCCAAGACCAGCACCGCCGCAGCAACAUGAGUUCAGUGUCUCCUUCAACCAGAGAUCAUGCAAGGUCUCGCUCCCCUCACAACAAGGAGUUCUGUGUCUACCUAAAAGGCCUGCCCUACGAAGCAGUAAAUAAACAGAUCUGUGAGUUCUUCAAAAACCUGAACAUUAUGGAAGACUGCAUUUACAUUGCUUAUGGACCCUCUGGCCGAGCUACAGGUCAGGGCUUUGUCCAGUUAAAAGAUGAAAUGGAUUACAAGGUUGCCCUCAGCUGUCACAUGCAGUAUAUGGGAAGCCGAUUCAUACAAGUUCACCCCAUCAGUAAGAAAGCUAUGUUUGAAAAGAUUGAUUCCAUUCGUCAAAGGAUGCAGGGUGUUGAUAAGAAAAACAAUUCUGAAUCAGGCAAGAACACUAGAAACUGUGCACACAUCUCAAAUAUUCCAUAUAAUGUGUCAAAGAAAGAUGUCCAUCUGUUUCUGAAAGGCAUUGCGGUAUUUGAAGAAAGUCUUAAAGUUCUGGUUGACAGCAGUGGUAACGGUUUAGGUCAGGCUGUUGUGCAGUUCAGGGGAGAGGAGGAUGCGCUAAAUGCUGAGAGACUACACAGGCAGAAGUUAAAUGGCAGAGAUGCCUUUGUGCAUUUGGUCACCUUUGAGCAGAUGAAAGAAAUCGAGAGAAACCCACCACCACAGGUUAGGAAAAUCAAGAAACUUGAAGGGAACUCUCAAGGCCAGGCACAAGGCCAUGCUCAGGCACAGAAUCCUAUUCAAGCCCAAGCUCACCCCUUUGCCGGUAUAACAGGAGAAGAGUUCAACUUCCUCAGAAACACUGUUGGCAAUUUAGGCAAUGGUCCGUUUGCUCAAUUUACUGUCCCAGGUAAUGGACUCGUGGGCCCUCCACCUCUACCCCCAUUUGCAGCAAGUCUAGAGAAUGUAGCCCUUAGCAUUCCCCCACCCAUGGUUGCCGGUCACUUGCCUGGAGCAGUUCUGGCACCCCCAAGCUUCCGACCAGAUAGCAACAAUGGCCCACCUGGCUUUGGACCAGAGGGCUUAAGGGGCAGGCCACCUUUUGACAACGGCUCUAGAAAGAGUGGAGGCCAUAACAACCGAGGAAGUGGCCAAGGGCGUUCAGAAGUGCGCCCUCAGUCUGCCUUGGGCCGUGGCCCUGGCUCUGACCCUCUGAGAGAGCAGUCAACCGGAGGCCCUGGUAACCCUCGUGGACCAACCAUUGUAAAGAUCCAAAACAUGCCUUUCGCCGUAACAGUCGAUGAGAUCCUAGAUUUAUUUUAUGGGUAUCAAGUGCUGCCUGGUUCAGUCUGUCAGCAGUUAAGUGAAAAGGGCCUGCCCACUGGUGAAGCAAUGGUUGCCUUUGAGUCACACGAGGAGGCAUCAUCUGCUGUCAUGGAUUUAAAUGAUAGGCCUAUUGGGGCUAGGAAAGUGAAGAUAACCCUAGGAUAAGACUCCAAUGUUCCCCUCUACCAAUAAUGAUUAAGUGAAACAUCCGGUUUCAUUAAUGCAAAGGUAAGAACUUGCAUUUAGGAUUUAAGCUCCCAACUAUCUUUACCAAAGUUAUCAAGUUGUUAGUAGCGUAAGAAUAAAAUGGAACGCUGCUAUAUUGAUUUGAUGUAUAAUAUGAUAACUAAAGUGGGAUGGGGCGGCAGGGUAGCUUAGUGGUUAGAGCAUUGGACUAGUAACCGAAAGGUUGCAAGUUCGAAUCCCCGAGCUGACAUGGUACUAAUCUGUCGUUCUGCCCCUGAACAAGGCAGUUAACCCACUGGCCGUCAUUGAAAAUAGGAAUUUGUUCUUAACUGACUUGCCUAAAAAAUAAAAUACAAUUUUGGGGAUUUUCCAAAUGGCAAAAAGCCUACUGUUGCCAUGUUGAUGUAGCUUGAGUCCAAUCAUAUUUAGAGUAAGAGCCUUGAAUGAUAUGGUUGGAUUAAGAGGAUAGUCUUAUUGCUGUGCUGAGAUGUCACUUUUACUUGGAAGCAUGUAUUAUUUUCAAAUGCCCUUGACACAUUUUGUGUUCUUGUAUUUCUUCCAUAGAUUUAACAUUCUCUUUGUGAUGAUUUUCUAAAGGGGGUACUCACCAAAUGCUGCCAUGCAUGGUGUUAGUACAGAGAACACUCAUUGUGUCAUGGUUAAAACAUUUGCUUAUUUGCUCUAUGCUGUUUUUCACUGUUAAUAAAUGCAAAUGUCAAUGUUGUUGCUAGCUAUGUUGUAUGAUAAAUUGUACUGCUUGUUUCUGAGAAAAAGAUGUUGAACAUUGCAUUUGGUUUAAUGGUCUGCAGAGCUCUUUAGAACUUUUUGUAUCUGCCAACCCUCCCACUGCGAUAUACUCUUUUUGAAUAUGAGCUGUUUUGCAGAGAUGUAAAUACUAUUUGGAAUGUUUUAGUUUUGUAGUGUUGUCUAACAAGAGACACUUAAGUUUUAUAUUUUUGGGGACGUUCCAGCUUAUUUCACAAGUGUGUGUAUAUACUGUUUAGCUUACACUUUUGUCAAUAAAAUGACAUUCCUGACAGAUUUACCAGCCAAUCUAUUUUUCACUUGCUUGCUGAUUUUCUAUAUGAACAAUAAAAUGGUUUUGGGAAGGCA